AAAGAAACCCAAUCCAUUAAAAGAAUCAAGAAUAUUCAACCAAACCUACCUUCUUUUGUUUCGGCCACCCCUGUCAGAAAAUCACUACUUAUCCACGUCAGCAGCAGCCACAACCCGCAUUUCACGGGCCGCCUUCGGGCCCUCACCACCAUUCCUCCUCCAGAAAGCCCGCCUCCACCAAACCUCAAACCCCCUCUGUAUAUUCGGGCAGUCCUCCCCCGAAUUCAAGAACCGGUCAAACCACGACAUCAUGAUCUCCUGCUGCCAGCUCAUCGGCAGCGUCAGAAUCGUGUUCGCAAGCCCUUCCUCGACCAAAUGACGAUCGAGCCCCCUCGAGGCCCGUCUCAUCCACCCGAAAUCCUCCUGAGCCUUCCCAAUCCCGACAAAAAGCCGGGCCGUAACCCUACUGACCUCGAACCUGUGGACAGCUGGCACUUUGCAGUGGGCCCCAGCCAACUCGGACUGCGAGGCCCACGUCCUCAAGAAAUCCUCUGCCACCUGUCGGUCGAUCAUUAUAUCCAGCAGCCACUGAAGGUUAUCCGCCUGCCGGGCUAUAAGGCCCGCAGCCCGCGGAUCGUCACCUUCGGCGGCCCGCUGAGUAAAGAGACUCCUUGCUUAAGUCGUUUUGGGAGGAAUUCUCGCGGAGCAUCUUGGUCA